GUCGUAAAGCAGUUGUCGCUGUCGCACCUCACUGCUUCUAACUAGCAACAGCUAAACUGCGUAAUUCAUGCUGCAUGAACAUUAAGAGGAGUAUCAGUACGGUAUCUGCAUAGUUUUUUGUCUAAAAACAUAUUUUCAAAGCUGAUAAACAAGUUAUAAUCUGUGCAGAAGAAGUUAUUCUUUGUAAAAAUGGACAACAGACUGUUAGCUACCAAGCUAACGUGGCUAGCAUAACGUUAAUGGUUAGAUUCAUUGUUAGCUAAGUUAGCUAAUCAACCUGUAGGAUAAACUGAACAUACUGACAGAUACCAUGGCAGAGUCCUUAUCAGGGGUUAAUGUCGUGCUGGUUAUGGCCUAUGGAAGCUUGGUGUUUGUGCUGCUGUUUAUCUUCGUCAAAAGGCAAAUCAUGCGUUUCGCAAUGAGAUCCCGACGAGGACCCCAUGCUCCUAUUGGCCACAAUGCGCCUAAGGGUUUGAAGGAGGAGAUUGACUCCAGACUGUCCAAAGUCCAGGAGAUCCGCUUCGAGCCUCGUCUCCUAGAAGAAGAAGACGACAGGCUGAAGCAAGGAUCACAGAUCAGUUGCUACAACUACCUGUAUAGAAUGAAAGCUCUGGAUGCCAUCCGUGACUCAGAAAUUCCUCUGCAGGAGAUAAGCCGCUGUCCCAGCGCGUUUACUGGACGCAGCUUCAGGAACUGGCUGAUGGAGCUGCGCAACUCCCACUCCCUGAUCAAGAGCAGCCGCAGCGCCCUCAUUGACCGUUUGCUUGAAGGCUACGACAGUGCUCGCCACGGGACUGGGGUGUUCGGGGAAGCUGAGUUUCUUGAAUACCAGCAAGCUCUCAACGAACUGGCUGAUGUGGUGAAAGCCUAUUCCAGCACCACCAGCCUGGACCAGCAUCACCAGUCCGCAGCCAAGGACCUGACGGGCUCUCCUGUCCGGAGCACUCCCUCCACCAUCCAGGUCACCUACCUGCCCUCCACUGGCCAGCGCAGCAAAAGGCCCAAACACUUCCUGGAGCUCAAAAGUUUCAAAGACAACUACAACACACUGGAGAGCACCCUGUGAGAGACCGCUACUGCUACAGACUGACGGUCACAAAAUGUUUGUGUGGUGUGUGAGAGCAGCGCGGUUACACAGUCUACCGGGAAACAUAGAGUUGUAACGUACUGUAACUUUGUUUUCAAGUUGAGCUUUAAAAUUCACCCACUACUUCAAAGAAUUAUGUAGAAGAAGAAAUGUCUCAUUUUAUUAUUAAAAUCUUGCAGUCACAAGGUUUUUUCUCUCAUUAUCGGUUAAGCCCAUAUGUGCACGUGUUACACCCGAGGCCUUUGUACAUAUUUUGGACCUAAUGCGUGUGUUCAGAGGACAAAUAUGAUUGUAGCCAACCUGGCAAGGUUUUUUUAUAAGAACAAAGUUAAUAGGAAGUCACCAGGAUUCACUUUUAUUUUUCUCAAAAGUCCAAAUGUAAAUACUGUGUGAGUGUACCUUUUGAGUAACUGUGUUUGUACAGAUGUAAGAUAUUUAUACAGACAUUGAGAAGUUAUUUAAUUGAUAUUGUGUGAUUUGUAUUUGUGUGAGGUUGUACACUUUUGUGGUUUAAGAUAAAAGUCUUACAACCCA